AGUAAUAAUGCUGUUCCAACUUCUGAUUGUUGCUGCUUCUAUCGGGAUUUCGGUUCAACAACUAGGAUGCAACUCCGUACCAAUGCCGGAUCUUAAUGGAGCUUGCCCACCAGGAACCACACUCAUUGCUGGAAGUGGUUGUUGCCCUGAUGGAGACGUUUUCACAAUCACCACAACAUCUACAGCAGCAGCUGCUGUCACAACCACCAGAACUUCAGUGACUUCAGGAACAUGUGUUGAUUUGACCAAUCCAAGCACAGGAACCAGCGACUGUACUAGAAUGGCAUCAUACUGUUUCAACAGCUUCUAUCUCACCCUAAUGAGACAACAGUGCCCAAGAACUUGUGGAUAUUGUACUGGAACUGCUACCACAACCAGAACCUCAACUACUUGUGUCGAUUUGACAAACCCAACCACAGGAGUCAGUGACUGCACAAGAAUGGCUUCUUAUUGUAAUAAUUCGGCUUAUAUCACCUUAAUGAGACAACAAUGUCCAAGAACCUGCGGAUACUGCUCUGGAUCAGGAGUAGUCACUACUACUCGUACUAGUACAACUUGUGCUGACUUGGUCAACCCAAAUACAGGAACAAGCGAUUGUACAGCUAUGCGUUCUUAUUGCAACAACUCAGCAUAUGCCACUUUGAUGAGACAACAAUGUCCAAGAACCUGUGGAUAUUGUACUUCUGGCUAAAAAAAUUACUGCGAACGACGUAGUCAAGCUCAAAAGCUAAAACACGUAGUCUCAAUAAAUAAUUUUGAAGAA